AAAGGCUUCCUGCGAAUGGCUGCAGGCGCAAGGCACGGGCUACCUACAUAAGUACAUACGCAGUGCAGCGUCGCUAUCUUGCCAUAAUCUUGGGCGCUAAACUGUAUUCAAUUUAAUCCGCCUGUUUUAUGUGUGCUAUGAAUGUGCACUACUGUAUGCACAAUGCACCUCCACUGUUCAAUGUUACAGUUCACCGGUGCAUGCUUUUGUACAUACAUAGUACAUAUGCGUCCCUUAUCUCUGUACCACCCGAGGCUGCACUAACCCACGGAAUGCGACUAGAGAUCUGUGGCUCCCGUGCGAUAAGGGAAAACUUGUCGAAGCCAUCGACCAACCAGACCCAACCUUAAACCUCCUUCCAGCUGACUCUGACUCUAGGUCACUAUUCUUCUUAUGUACUUGCAACAAGUUGGUCCACCUGACUGUCUUGGAUGACUGGGCUUUACUCGUUUCUCUGCCUCUUUUAAAACUUGAACUCGACGUCGUCCAAACUUGUUCGUCUUACAUCUUCGCAAUCAUCCAGUUCUUUUGUCAUUUGAAUACAUAAUUCAACCCACACUACAUCAUUCGAUAUGGCCUUAUCGCACGCUCUCUCCGUCAACGAAAUCCUGUCUGGCGUCUUUGGUAGCAUCAGCUUGACAGCAUGGAUUUGCUUGCUCCUCCCCCAGCUUAUCACCAACUUCAAGGCUAAGAGUGCCGAUGGCUUAUCUAUGAUAUUCCUGGCCGUGUGGCUUUUCGGUGAUAUCACUAAUUUAUCCGGUGCUCUCGUGACAGGACUCGCGCCCACGGCCACCGCAUUAGCAGGCUACUUUUGCAUAUCUGAUGUCAUCCUUAUCUCGCAAUCUCUCUACUACAACACCAUCAAUGCGCGAAAGGCUCGACAACGAACUCGGUCCACCGAAUCUGAUGCGUCGGAGGAUGAGCCUCUAUUACAACCACGGAGGAGGUCAUCUAGCGGUCUUCCAGGCUCCCACCGUCGUCACUCAUUUCACCGUCAAGAGUCUGGCUUCGACCCUAUCAAGAGGAUCGUCACAGGCGAAGAUGAGACACCGGAUAGCAACCCUUGGUUCCAUAAUACACUUAGUGUCGUAGCUGUAUACAUCGUGGGAGCUGCUGGCUGGUUUAUCUCAUACCAAGCAGGAGCGUGGGAUAAGCCCGAGGCUCCUGAGGAGCCGAGUAUUGACACACCAGCGGCUGUUGGAGGCAUGGUCCUGGGAUACGCAAGUGCUCUUUGCUAUCUGUGCGCACGAAUUCCUCAGAUCCUUAAGAACCACCGAGAGAAGUCUUGCGAGGGUCUUGCUCUACUCUUCUUCUUGCUGUCUCUCACCGGCAAUUUGACGUAUGGCCUGAGCAUCUUCAGCUACUCCUUAGAGCCUGAGUAUAUCGCCAAGGCUCUUCCCUGGAUUCUUGGGUCUCUGGGAACUAUUGUUGAGGAUUGCAUCAUCUUUUAUCAAUUCCGACUCUACUCUAAGAGUGGAGAUGCCAAAAUCAACCACGGGGAUGGAACUGCAUGAGGCCUUGGUUCACGUGGCUUACCUACCUAGGUGCCUACUUGGGUAGUUUACUUUGUCAUAUCACUCAUUUUACAUCCAUAUAGGGCAUAAGAGUAUCAUUGGUGAUAGCAUUAAUGGCGUUCCGGGCUUGGGGUCUGGGGUUCAUCAUGUUCCCCUAGAUACCUUACCUAGGUAGGUAUCAUUCGGGAGCGAGAACAGAGCAUUUCCUUUUGGAUUAUAGCAUCGAAACUUGGGAUAGGGAAAUAAAGACGUAUCGCAAUCGCAUUAUUAGGAACAUGUCUGGGGUAAUUAGGUAUUAAACUGAGGUCUACAGUUCUACUAUCAUCUGUAUGUAUCUUCUAGUGUAGAUUAUGUAUGCUGGAAAUGGAUGGAAAUGGAUGUCAUGAGUUUAUAUCUAGAAUUGCUAACAAAUCUGAGAAUUGAAAAUUGGCGAAU